AUGGUGCAUCCGGAUGGCCUUCAUCCGCGUUGGAAGGCCGAAGUAGUUGUUGCUCACGAUGAGCGGCUGUUCUGUGCGGAUUCGAAGGAGGAACAGGCCGCCGUCAUCGAAGACACCGAGAACGUGGGAACCAAGCUCACCUCUCCAGGCAGCAUGGAAUGUGUCGACGCCGAGAGUCGACUUAUCCGUCUUUGGCACAGUCGCCAGAAGGGCGUGCAGGACCUCGUAGAAUUUGGUCCUCAAUAA